UAGACAACACAUAGGCACAUAUCUAGUUUUGUUUGUGUCGAUGAACGUUAAAAAAAUAAAAUAAUUCUAGACUGUGUUACCUAAUGUUUUCCAGGUAGCUGGGCUUAAAAGUAACGAAGCACAGCACAGGGUUAGUUAUCAGUACAGUAAUUGAGCUAGCUAACGUUAGCUCGAAUUGUGGGGUGCCUAUUGUGUUAGCUAGCCAGCUAACGUUAACGGCUUUUCUGAUUUGCUCUUGUUGGAAAUAUUUUCAUACUUAUUUGAGUUGCCUUCAUUCUCAUCACCGGUGGAUAUGGGACUACUUUUUACCAAGCUGAUGACUGUCUUCGGAGACCGAGAGCACAAAGUGAUCAUAGUGGGCCUGGACAAUGCUGGGAAGACCACUAUCCUCUACCAAUUCCUUACCAAAGAGGCGGUCCACACCUCCCCCACCAUUGGCAGUAACGUAGAGGAGAUCUCUGUACGCAAGACCCGCUUCCUGGUGUGGGACGUCGGAGGCCAGGAAAGCCUGAGAGCCAGCUGGAACUCCUACUACUGCAACACAGAGAUUGUUAUUCUGGUUGUGGACAGCACAGACCGUGAGCGCCUAACUCUGAACAAAGAUGAACUUCACCGCAUGCUUGAACAUGAGGACCUACAGAAUGCUGCGAUUCUAGUUCUGGCCAACAAGCAGGACAUGAAGGACUCUAUGACAGUGGCAGAGAUCUCCCAGUGCCUCACCCUCAGCUCCAUCACAGCCCACUCCUGGCAUGUACAGGCCUGCUGUGCCCUCACAGGGGAGGGACUACCUGCCAGUCUGGACUGGAUGAGGUCUCGAGUCCUGGCCAGUUAGAACUCCUUCCGUGGGCUCAUCACAAUUGGAACCAGGACAGCUAUCCUUUGACCCAACAAACACAACCUCAUAGACAUUGCAGCUGAAGCCACAGUGC